AGUUGUAGUUCUUGUAGCUCAGUUGGGGACGCCCGGAAGGGUUAUUGUGGUUGGAGACUCCCAAGAGGCGAUAGCGUUUGUUCGAGAUAUCUGGCACCAUGUCCCGCUUGUCGGUGCCCUGUCACGUGAAAGGCGCCGUAGCCCUGCAGGUGGGCGACGUGCGGACUUUCCAAGGCCGGCCCGGCGUGGUGGUCAUCGAUGUCACCUUCCCUAGUGUCGAGCCUUUUGAGUUGCAGGAGAUCAUAUUUAAGAAUUACUACACAGCCUUUUUGACCAUCCGUGUCCGUCAACAUACCUCAGCACACACACCAGCUAAGUGGGUGACCUGCCUGCGGGACUACUGUCUGAUGCCUGAUCCACACAGUGAAGAUGGAGCCCAGGAGUAUGUAUCGCUAUUCAAGCAUCAGAUGCUGUGUGACAUGACUAGAGUACUGGAGCUGCGUUUGAUUCUGCGUCAGCCUUCACCACUGUGGCUGUCUUUCACAGUGGAAGAGCUACAAAUCUACCAGCAGGGACCAAAGAGCCCCUCUGUGACCUUUCCCAAGUGGCUCUCUCACCCUGUGCCCUGUGAGCAGCCUCCCCUCCUUCUUGAGGGUCUCCCAGACCCCAGCAGGGUUUCCUCCGAAGUGCAGCAGAUGUGGGCGCUGACAGAGAUGAUCCGGGCCAGUCACACCUCCAGGAGGAUCGGCCGCUUUGAUGUGGAUGGCUGUUAUGACCUGAACUUGCUCUCCUACACUUGAGCUGAGAUUUUGGCCUGUCCUUGCCCACCAGACUUGGUUUGGGCCAUCAGUGGCAGAAGUGUGUUCCCUGUGCAUUCUGACUGUUGUCUGCAUGUCCAUUCUGUCUGGGCCACGUCCACAGAUUGAAGACUCUUGGGACUUAUUAUGAUGCUUCAGCAUGAGUUCCUGGCAAGGGUGCUUUCUUUCGUCACCUGGCUGCAACAGAAUUCCUUCUACCCUAAAAAUAUUCCAGUUCUUUUUACUUGAGUACCUCUGCCCAUCUUGCCCACAUACACACCCGUGUCUUCUGUGGCUCCCAACCCUGAAGUGCAGUGAGCUGGAAUAAAACAGUUCCAUCUAACCCUGGAAGGACACUGCUGCCUUGGCACUGAAGAAGAAAGAGUUGCCCUGUUCUUCUUCUGGGCCCCAAAGCGGCCUGCUUUCUUUGUACUAUGUCCACAAAAAUAAUUUUUUAAACUUUAUUAUGUUUUGCCGGGCAUCGUGGCACACGCCUGUAAUCCC